GCUCAUAAGGGCCGCCAUUUUGUGUUGGGCCCACUCUUCCUAAGCGGGAGAAAAUUAUUAGUCCGGCGCUCAGCACGUACGGACGUUCACACCGGGCUCGAGGGGAACAACCACAUGCGCCGAGGACACAGCUGAUUAUAACCGGGAACAGAAGCAGUCGGGAGGUGUUAGUUGCCCGAUUGCCAUGGAGGGCGAGGUUGUUUCCAUGGAGACCACUCAGGCCGCUGUCCUGGCUCCUGAAGGAAAGGUGCUGCCGGAGGGUGGAGAGGCUUUGAUACAAGGAGCAGCCAUAGCUCCACAGGGGGAGGUGGCUGAAAACAUGGAGAUGAUGGUGAUGGACGCUCUCGAUCCGACCCUGUUGCAAAUGAAGACGGAGGUGUUGGAGGGCGGCGGCACAGUGACUGUUACUGGUGGAGAUGAGGGUCAGAUCAUCACGCUCCAGGUGGUGAAUAUGGAGGAGCAAGCUGGAGCUGCGUUAGGUCUGGGCCAGCUUCAGCUGGUUCAGGUACCUGUCACAACAGCGACCGUAGAGGGACUCCAGGCCACGUAUGUUGAUGCUACAACCGUUAACAAAGACGCAGAGCCGGUUAUUUGUCACACUCUCCCCCUGCCUGAGGGCUUCCAGGUGGUUAAAGUGGGUGCUAAUGGUGAGGUGGAGACAGUAGAGCAGGAAGAGCUCCAGGCAGCCCACGAAGAGUUUCAAGAGGUGAGGGGAGAGGCGGAGGAAGAAGAGCCCGCGGAAAUAGAGGCCACUGUACCUCAGCAAGACGAGCAAGAAUGGGCCAAGGAUCCAGACUACCAGCCCAUCGCCAAUGUCCGUACUAAAGGGAAGAAAGGAAAGAAGAGCCGCCUGCGCUACGGAGAGGGCGACCGUGACAUGGAUGUCUCCGUGUACGAUUUUGAGGAAGAGCAGCAGGAGGGGCUGCUGUCUGAAGUGAAUGCAGAGAAGGUUGUGGGCAACAUGAAGCCACCAAAGCCCACCAAGAUCAAGAAAAAGGGUGUAAAGAAGACGUUCCAGUGUGAACUGUGUAGCUACACCUGUCCGAGGCGCUCCAACCUGGACAGACACAUGAAGAGCCACACAGAUGAGAGACCGCAUAAAUGUCACUUGUGCGGACGGGCCUUCCGAACUGUCACGCUGCUGAGAAACCACCUCAAUACACACACAGGCACUCGGCCACAUAAAUGCACAGAUUGUGACAUGGCAUUUGUGACCAGCGGCGAAUUGGUGCGUCAUCGUCGCUACAAACACACACACGAGAAGCCCUUCAAGUGCUCCAUGUGCGACUAUUGCAGCGUGGAGGUGAGUAAGUUGAAAAGGCACAUCCGCUCUCAUACAGGGGAGCGACCCUUCCAGUGCAGUCUGUGCAGCUAUGCUAGCAGAGACACUUACAAGCUGAAGAGACACAUGAGGACACAUUCAGGUGAAAAGCCGUACGAGUGCUACAUCUGCCACGCCCGAUUCACUCAGAGUGGCACCAUGAAGAUGCAUAUUCUGCAGAAACACACGGAGAACGUGGCCAAGUUCCACUGCCCACACUGUGAUACUGUCAUUGCACGCAAGAGUGACCUUGGCGUUCACUUGCGGAAGCAGCAUUCAUUUAUUGAGAAGGGAAAGAAAUGCCGUUACUGUGAUGCUGUGUUUCAUGAGCGAUACGCUCUCAUCCAACACCAGAAGACCCACAAGAAUGAGAAACGCUUCAAGUGCGAACAGUGUGACUACUGCUGCAGACAGGAACGCCACAUGGUGAUGCACAAGCGGACACACACUGGGGAGAAGCCGUUUGCCUGCAGCCAGUGUGAUAAAACAUUCAGGCAGAAGCAGCUUCUGGACAUGCACUUCAAGCGCUACCAUGAUCCCAACUUUGUCCCCACUGCCUUCGUCUGCGUCAAGUGUAGCAAGACGUUCACCCGCAGGAACACCAUGCUGCGUCACAGUGAGAACUGCACUGGCGAAGUUGAAGAAGAAAAUGGGACUUCCACACCCAAAAAGGGUCGUCGAGGCAGGAAGAGAAAGAUGCAGUCCAGGAGGGACGACGAUGAUGAUAACACAGAUGGAGAACUUGAUGAGGCAGAGGAAGAAGAGGGGCUGAGUGAGAUUGAGGUGGAUCAGGCCCCACCUGUUGUCCCUAUCCCAGCCCCUGUGGAGCCACCGGUCAAGAGGAAACGUGGUCGACCCCCGAAGAGUAAACCAGACGCGGCUGCCAUCAUCCGUGUGGAGGACGAGGCCACCGGAGAGGUGGACGACAUCAUCGUGAAGAGGGAGGUUGGCGCCGACCAUGAUGAAGUCAAUGAUGAUACCGUCGAGGAGGUGGUGGUCGGCGGAGGGAAGUCGACCAUCCAGCUGGAGGAGUUACCCCAGGAAGAGGGGGCAGCACAGGAGGUGCAGCUGCCUGACGCCCCACCUAACGGAGACCUGACCCCUGAGAUGAUCCUCAGCAUGAUGGACCGGUGAUGGAUGCGAGGGUCAAACCUGUAAACACACACGCGGAGACAGACCCCUGAUCACGUCUUCAUUUUUAAUUCUUGGCAUUUAGGAUUACAAACACUUUCAUCCUGCACAGAAACAAACAUCACUGUUGUAAUUUAAGAUUUACUUUUUAAUCAUGUAUUGAUAAAAAAGCUGGAUGAAUGGAAAAGAUUUUUAGUAUGGAUUUAUCUACCAAAAAAAAAAAAAAAUCAGUACGUUGAGUUUGGGGUGGCUGUAAUUGACAGCAGUAUCGAAUCUUGUAGAGCGCAACGGUCUGCUAAAUAUGAACGACGAUAUGAAUGACUCCUCCCUGAAUCUAGACUUUGUCUGUAAUUCUCAAAAAAAUGUCUUUUCUUCCCUCUGUUGAGUAAAAGUUGUAAGUAGAUUGUAGGUUACCCAUAAUGUGGACCAUAUUUCCAAUCAGUGAUCAAUAAUCCUCCCUGAAGAGCUCCAUGUACCUCUCAGUUUGGACAGACAACUGCCUUCCAGUUAAAUUUAAAGAUGAAAAUGAGGAGUACAUUUAGGUUAGAAGUCACCAAAUCAAACGUGAUACUGCCGUUAAUCACAGCCACCGGAAGAUUAAAAAAUUAUUUUCAAUUUUUGAUUUCUUUUUCUGCAGUUAGUAAUUCCCUUUUUUUUUUUUUUUUUUUAAAAGCCAAUUCUAGUUUUUAAAAGCUUAAUAGACUGCUUAUCUUAUGCUCCUUUCUUGCUACUGUAACACCCCUAGAUGACUUGUAUGUACUAAAAUUGUCACUGAGAAGUGCGAGGAAAGAUUGUUGUUUUGCUCCCUCUUUGUAGCCAUUCCACUUUGGGUUGAUAUUUUCCUUUUGUACCAUUGGCAAUGCAAUGCUACAUAGCAGCUUGAAUGACAUUUUAAUAACUGUGUGGCGGAUGGGAACAGAUGUAUGACUGUACAACCAAUUUAAAAAAAAAAAAAACAGUAGACAUUGAGACUGAUCUGUUUGGUUUCUGCGGCUAAUCUAAAUCAUGGAUAUUUAAAAUCGGUCUGGCUUUGGAGAGGUUAACAUGCUAGUUGUACAGGUAUAGCCCCAAAGCAUUAUGGUUAGAAACAUUGUUUAUGUAAAAUUAGCUGAGAAACAACUGAGUGGUAACACAAAUGUCAGUGUAUUUUGCUUGCAAAUCUAUUUUAUUAAAUGGACAACUUGAUAUAAA